ACGCAUUGCGGAUCGCUCGCGUACCGCAGUGCCUUAUUCACAAUGUUUACAAAACGCAUAGUGAUAUAAUUCCAAGCCCAGUGGGAAAACAUUCACUUAAAAAAGAGGGAAAAUCAUGUGAAAAUAAAUGUUGUCGUUAAGGCGCAGACUGAAGCACAUGGUGCCGGCGCGGUGCUCGGGCGUGCGCCGGCGCACCCUGCUCGCGCUGUUGGCGCUGGCCGCGCUGGCGCUGCUGGCGCUGUGCUCUGGAGGCACCCGGCUGACUCGAGAGGAGGAGAUGGAAGCGCGGCUGGCCCAGAUGCAGGCUAAUCUCCAGUUUCUGGACACCCUGUAUCGUGCCAGACAGGUCGAGGUUUUUAACUUGCAGUCCAAGCUCCUGAACCUUGCCAGCUCAGCGUAUUCGGAGAAGAUUCUCGGCCCGAGCGCUACAAUGACGCCUGAGGUGGUCCAACUACUCAAGAAUCUCACUGGUACCAAAGCAGCCUCCGGCGUGGACCGAAGGAACCUGCAGGCCCAAUCGCUCCCCUUCAUCUACCAGCUCAUGCCCCACCUCUUGGAUGACCCCUACAGCCUCAGACCGGCGUACCACAUGAGGGGCUCGAGGCAGCUGGCGGAGGUGGUCAUUGGCAUACCGACUGUAAGGCGGGACAAGGAGAGCUACUUGAUGGUUACUCUGACGCACCUGAUCACCGGGAUGACCGAGGCCGACCAGAACGAGACAGUCAUCAUCGUGAUGGUAGGCGAGGCCGACUUGGAGUUCGUCAUCAACACGGCGAAGAAAAUCGAGACCAUGUUCCCUAAAGAAGUCGAAAGCGGUCUCAUCGAAGUGAUCUCACCAUCUCCCUCUUACUACCCAGAUUUCGACAGCAUCGAGCCUACCCUAGGGGAUUCCUUCAAGCGGAUGAGAUGGAGAACCAAACAGAACCUGGACACGAUCUUCCUGAUGGCGUACGCGCAUAGUAGGGGGACGUUCUAUCUCAUGCUUGAAGACGAUGUUAUUGCUAAGAAGAAUUAUAUGCAGGACAUAAAACUCUUUACCGCCUCCACCACUAUCAAUACCCCCCAAUGGUUCUUCAUAGAGUACUGCGUGUUCGGUGGCAUCGGCAAGCUGUUCCGGUCAGCUGAUCUCGUCCACUUCAUCACAUACGUACAGCUCUUUUACACCAACAUGCCUAUUGACUGGCUGCUAGAGAGCUAUUUGGCUGAUAAAGUUUGCAGCAUCUAUAAAACUUCGAAAGAAUGUGCAAAAAGCAAGACGGAGAUAAGGCCAAAGUUUAAAUCUUCACUGUUCCAGCAUAUUGGACUGUAUUCUUCACUGAAAGGCAAAAUACAGAAAGUACAGGACUCCCGCUACGGCAAGCUCCCAGGCUUCUACCCCCACGAGAACCCCCCUCUAGAGAGCAUCCAUAACGACAUAGAGGAAAAGGCGGACCACACCAUCAGGAGGGCGUAUAACGGGGAGACUUUCUUCUGGGGUCUCAAGCCCAAGAAGGGGGACGUAAUAGAGUUCGUGUUUCUGAAGCCGAUUGUGCUGGACGGAUAUACCUUCCGUAGCGGCAACGUAGACCACGCAUCAGACAAGUUCUACGACACUUACGUCGAGGUUCAGCCCGUGGCCGGCAACUACUGUGUGGUCGACAGCUUUGACGAGUUUGGAUUGGCCGAUGGCUACCUAAAGAGGGAGUGGGGGCCUCUUAACGCGAUCAGAUUAAGAGUGAACCGCGACAGUACCUUCUGGGUCAUUCUGAGCGAGAUCGAAUUGAAGCCGUACGAACAAGAAGACAGAUGACGCAAGCCCAACCCGUGGCUCCGCCUGGUGCGACAGAUGAAGAAGUCCAAACGGCAUCCGCCUCGCUUGAAAUCACACUAAAGCACUAUUUAAG